CUUUCAUGGUAAGCGAUCUACAGUUUGAUUUGUACCUAUACAUUGGCCUUACAGUCAUGGAGAAGGUUGCCUUUUUCGUACAUACUCACAUAUUCAAUCGUCGAACAUAAUAAAUUCAGGCUGAUAUAUGGGUCGAUUAUCACAGCUUUUAUAUCAAUGAAAUAGGUAAACUAUGGGUUCAGCUUAUUAUGUUGGAACCUGGAACGGUUUAUCAUGUAAUCAUCGACCUAACCUGUGUGCUUCCUUCCGACUGGACAAAGUUCUAUUUUCAUUACUAUGGAAUUGUUACAACCGUAGUGCGAACACUUAUUCAAUUUCAUAUCUUAUCGAUUAGAGUUCAACGCUGCGAUUACAACAAGAACUCACUUAAUAUUAUGAAUGAUCUUCCCUCACUAGGGUUAGUCUUGUGCAAACAACUAAGUUGGAAACAUGAUUGUAACUAGGAUAACAAUUACGCUCUCUUGUAUACUUCUGUUGAAGUCAUGUGCGUCUGUUCAAGUUGUCAAUCGUAAUCAAAGUAAAUCUCGAAAUAAUGAGUUCGGCAUAGAGGAGAUGCUUCUCUUGAAUCGUCAGUUCCUGGAUUUUCUUAUUGGAUAUGAUAACACAUUGGUUUUGCAAUCAGAGGAUCAACUAUGUUUAAGCACAAUGCAACAACUGUCAGUAGCGUAUUUGAAUCGAGAACAUCACGGAUUGGAGUGGUUUGAUUCUUGGGGAAAGAUUCCUUCCGGUAUGUAUCAUGGCAAUGGUAACGCCUUUGGAAACUUCGAUCAGUGUCGUCUGUACAGUUGGCAGGGGGUUCGUGGACAACAUUGUACGUUUUUGGCAACCCUUUCUAGCAGCUUACCGCCUUUCGUUUCGUCCUUGUGUGUACCACAUUUCUGUACACCGGUGUUUGCAAGACAGCUUUAUGGAGAAUAUUUAAUAACCCGAGGAGUUGUUGUUAUAACCGAUAUAAAUCAGGAUUUGUUUUGCAUUCAAGAACGCGAUAUUUUGUACGACGGCGGUGUAGUAACAGCAAUUGUAAUCUUCUCUAUUAUCACUGCUCUAGUACUAUCUAGUACAAUCUACGAAUUAGUACAAAUCCAACUGAAACGCGACGUCGUUAGUCUAUAUAGUGCAUUCUCAUUGUACCGGAACUUACGGAGUAUUCUGCACAUCGCUCCAAAGCCGAAAGUCAUCGAGAGUAAAUCAGAUACGAUUGAUUGCGUCCACGGGAUUCGUGCUAUUUCUAUGAUCUGGAUUAUCGUUGUACACAUUUAUGGAACUAUAAGUCUAGUACCAGUUAAUAAUGAUUCAGUAAGAUCGAGUUAUCUCAGCGGUUUCGGAUCAGUAGUCUUAUUCGAUAUGGGAUAUUUGGUGGUAGAUACGUUUCUGGCGCUGAGUGGAAUUUUGGUAGCUUGGAAUUUACUUAAAGAGCUGGACAAAAAAAGGAAGAUCAACCCACUGAUGUUAUACCUUCAUCGAUAUAUUCGAGUUACAGCCCCUUUCGCGGCUUUGGUACUUUUUGUGGUUUCGUUCGCUAAAUACAUGGGAGAAGGCAUUAUGUGGAAGACUAUAAUAGAUGCAGACGAUGAAACGUGCUCCAAAUAUUGGUGGUCUGCUCUGCUGCAUAUACAAAACUAUGUUAAUCCGAGAAGCAUGUGUCUCGGUUGGACUUGGUAUCUAUCUGUCGACAUGCAACUAUAUAUCCUCGGUCCUGCUCUUAUCUAUCCUUUGUGGCGCUACGGUAAACGUGUUUUAAUUGGAAUUGCUUUGUUGGCCUUGCUAUCCAUGGGAUGUGUAUUCACAACGUUUCUCGUCAAUGGCUUCAGGAUAAAUCGGAAUGAUCCAAAGAUGCUAGAUCGGUAUGAUUUAACUUAUUACCCGACUCAUGCUCGUAUGGGUGUUUGGUUGUUCGGAACAAUCUUUGGUUACAUUCUAUACAAGACGAAAUCGACUGACGUUUAUUUAACAAAACGACACUAUGCCAUUGGAUGGUCUGUCUGUUUCGCACUUCUAGGACUGAUUAUGUACUCUUUCUAUGAGUUUGUAAGAACAGACUUCAACGACUUCUCCAACGUAGCGGAUGCAUUUUUUGAAGCACUUCACCGACCCGUUUUCGAUAUUUGCGUUAUGUGGAUCAUCUUUGCUUGUGUGAAUGGCAAGGGUGGACUUAUCAACGAGCUGUUAAGCUCCGCUCUUUGGCAACCUUUGUCUAAACUUUCGUUCACGAUGUAUUUGUUGCAUUUACAACUGCUGCUUAUGGCGUCCAUUGCUUCAGUGAAAACAGAUAGUUACUUUAGUGUGAUGGAUAUCUUUUAUCGAAUCUGGGGUGCUAUAGGAUUGACUACAAGUGUCGCUAUACUCUGGAGUAGUAUAUUUGAAAUACCUUUUGUAACCUUAGACAAACUGUUGUUAAGAAGUUGAUUAUAUUAUGUAUGAAUAACUUGUAUUAUAAGGAGUAGUACAGUGUAAUCCCGGGUUGGUGAUUCAAUGAAUCUUACAAGCCAGUUGUAUGUCUAAGCCCCAACCUAGAAGCAUUCUUAGUGUCAGUAUGAUCGUAGUACUACCCGAGCAAAGUCAAACAUCAAAACGAGAGCAAAUUGAAAUCUUAUUAUGAUAACAACAUCACAUUGAAAUCUUAAUUUGAUCUCAGUUCAUCAAUUUUUCAAUUGAUAUCACAUUAUGUUAUCUUUUUGCUGUUACUUUUGAAAAAAAAAAACUUGCGAGCAAAAAUUUUGGGAAACUCCGAAAAUGAUUAUUAAAAAGCAAAAGCUUAAUAAUUGCAUCAAAAUAGGACUCAUUCCAUUAGGCGAUGCAAGAAUAAAUUUUAAAGGAACAAUUCUUCCAGAUUCGGUCAAAAGCCCUCAUUCUCUUUCGAGGACUAAUAGUGGCUUGGGCAUUCUCAUCUCGCUAAUCGUCAGCCGCAGAAAGACCUUCUUCAGGAACUUGAUAUCAAAAAUACAUUUGACGUCAACGAUCUCCUUCUGGUGGGAUACGGUAAAUAUCAGAUUUUCUAACAGUUUUCGCGUUUAGUUGAAAAAAGAUCUAAUAGUGAGUUUAGUUAAAAAAAGAUAGUGAGUUUAGUUAAAAAAAGAUAGUGAGAAUACUCUACUAACAGCUCAAACAGAAAUUUAGUUAAAAAAGAUGUUAAAUGUUCUGACUAUUAUUUUCGGUUGUUGUUUUGACCGUUAUUGUCUGUGGUUCAGAAAUUGGCUAUCGGCAUUGCCAAAGUGAUUGUUUUUUCCUGCAUCUAACUAACAAGUCCUUUGAAUAAUACGCUCUUCUUUAUAUCAUACUAGCUGCAUUACCCGGCGUUUCUCAGAAAUGUUUCGUGAAGGCAAGGCCGCAAAAACAGUUUUAGAAAUUGUUCUGAUUAUUGAAAUACUCAGAGCGUAGUGAAACACAAGUUAUUUCCACACUGUUGCUCAAGAUUGUGAUAAUGAUUAUUUGAUAACGAAAGGCUUUUCAUAACUACGUUAGAUAACACUUUCAUUCUACAGAAUAACGAUUCAGUUAAUUCAAAUGUUAUCGUAAACUUAAACUUCUCAAUUUACAUGAAAAAAAUGCACAUUAAUUUUAUGAUUUCUUCGUCAAUUCAGAUCAACUCUACCUCGCUUGGUUAAGAAUAUUUAUUCCCCCUGCCUCUUGUGAAUAUUUUUGUGAUUUUGUGAAAAUUGAUUUUUGAGACUCUUUUCUCCUAGUCUACAUCCUCCCUCGUUUGUCGACAAAUAAGAUAAAUUUAACAAUAAACCUCUUUUUAGAGGCACUUUCUACAAACUACGACCUUUUGUUCACCUGUGCAAUGAAUAUAUGAUCUCGACAAGGAAAAAUAGCUUUAUUACCACCUCUGAAUUGCAAAAAGUACAUCUGUCAAGUUUGGCGAUAAUUUACUGAGUUGUUAUGGAAUUAUUCCGAUAUUUACAAACAAUUGAGCGGAGAGCUUCUUCAAUGGACACUUGCUAUCUUUUCACGCGUUUAAAUAUCGUAACGAUCAUCUCUUUGUUGUAAUAAAUAUCGGUGCCUGUCAAAAAAUUUCGAUUUCGUAAAACUAGAAACAUUUAGCCUCAAAUUUCCCCUGUUAUCAAACACUUACUGCAACCACAACCACCCACCCCCCUCCGCUUUAAAAUAUCUCUUAUAAGAACCUAUGAACAGCAAGAAUUACUUGUGCCAAGAUGGUUAAUAAUCUAUUGAGUUGUUUUGGAGUUAUGUUUGAUCAUAUAUACAAUUUAUCCAUGCAAUUCAAAACAACAAUUUCAAAAAGUCUUCAAAAGGUAUCGAUACUCAUCCUUCAAAAUGGUCUUCAAAAAGUAUCGAUACUCUUCCAAUUAUUCAUGAUCUCCUGUUAAAGACCCUUGCUAGGCCCCCUUCCCCAUAAAAAUACACUCAUAGCCAUCUCUGAAGAGCAAGAAGUAUCUGUGCCAAAUUUGAUAGCAAUCCGUUCAGUAGUUUCGGAGUUAUGCUGUUACUAAAAAUACACCCCCCGUUUUAAAGGCACUUGCUA